AGUUGCUUGUUUGAAAUAACAUUAAGUAAAAUGGGACAUUUCGAACCCAGAGAAAUCGUGAAUGGUUCCCUCCUUAAACGGCACAUUGACAAACCAGUGAGCAUUCAUCUGAAGGUGGAAGAAGCCGCCAACGGUUGCAAAUCAUUAAGCGGGAAAUCUACCGACGGAAUGGAUGUACUGGUGCACCUAUCGGAACCGUUAAACGGGAAGUGCUCCGGAUGGGUGGAAGUUAUUGGUGUUGUCGAUGCGCAGGGCUCCGUUCGCGGCAAAGAAAUUGUCACAUACUUCAACAACGGAGACAAAGUGGAAGAUUUCGACGUCGACGGCCACAACAUGAUGUGCACGUUUCUUUCCGUUUGCAAAGAUCCCUUUCCGUGUGAAGGAUAACGAAGUAUUGUGAAGAAUAUAAAUGUUGUUCAAUAAGUACUUCAGUUCG